GGAAGCUGAAAGAGCACAGCGCCAUGCAGGCUCCAGUGAAGGAUUCCCCCGUCAGACCGGGUUUCCACAGGCUGGAGGUCCAGAAAACGACGUGGGACAUCCCCGAGCGAUACACGACGCUGCGGUCGAUCGGCUCCGGAGCCUAUGGGACAGUGUGCUCCGCCAUUGACCAGAGGACCAAGGAGAAGGUGGCCAUCAAGAAGCUGUAUCGGCCUUUCCAGUCCCUCAUCCACGCCAAACGGGCCUACAGGGAGCUCAGGCUGCUCCGUCACAUACAGCAUGAAAAUGUGAUCUGCCUCCUUGACGUCUUCACACCUGACGCCACACUGGACAAAUUCCAAACCUUUUAUAUGGUAAUGCCAUUUGUAGCCCAGGAUCUUGGCCACAUUAUGAAGAGGAGGAGAUUAACUGAUCGCAUCAUCACAUACCUGUUCUACCAGCUUCUAAGAGGACUCAAGUAUAUUCAUUCUGCAGGGAUCAUUCAUCGGGAUCUGAAGCCCGGUAACCUUGCUGUUAAUGAAAACUGUGAAUUAAAGAUCCUGGAUUUUGGCUUGGCAAGACAGACAGAGAGUGAAAUGACUGGUUAUGUUGUAACACGCUGGUACAGAGCACCAGAGGUCAUAUUCAACUGGAUGCAUUACAGUCAGACAGUGGAUGUGUGGUCAGCCGCGUGUAUCCUGGCAGAGAUGAUUACUGGCCAGGUACUUUUCCCAGGACAUGAUAGUAUUGAUCAGCUGAAAAAGAUCCUCCGCCUGACAGGGACACCAGAUUCUUCGCUGGUUCAGAAGAUGCAGAGUAAAGAUGCGCAGUCCUAUGUGCAAGGUCUCCCUCCACAAAAGAAGAAAAACUUCAAGGAGGUGUUUCUGUCCAUGGAUGAAAAUGCUGUAGACCUAAUGGAGGGGAUGUUGCUGCUAGAUCCAGAGACGAGGCUGACAGCUAAGCAGGGACUGUCCCACCCCUUCCUGGCUGAAUAUCAUGACCCAGAGAGUGAGCCAGACUCUGGGCCUUAUGACGAUUCCUUCGAGAGCCUGGAGCUCGCCGUUGGCGAGUGGAAGAGUCUUAUCCACAUGGAGAUCAUGACCUUCGACCCUGACAACCCCAGUAAGACAGCCAUGUAGCAUGCUGUGACGUACUGGCGCCUCCAAGUGUUUGGUUUUAAUACCCACACAUGCUGUAAAGGUCAACAACACCGUCAGACUCAGAGAAACAAACCCAAAAAAACAUUAAAAAUAUCCUGAAAGUCCCGUUUUUGUUCAUCUGACAUGUAUUGCAGUUAAAAUGCAUUUUACUCAAAAACACUGAACCACUUAACUAUCAAAUGCCGUCUUCUCAUUUCAGUAAGAACAAUGACAAAAUAAUUUUAACUCAGGGUCCACUUACUACCUUUGUUCUGAGACUUUCGACUACAUCUCAUGGUUUUCAUCUCAACGCUCUCUCUCUGUGAAAUGUUACAUGUUCGAUUCAUCAGGUGUCAGACUGUAAGAUAAGGUUGAAGGCUAUGAAAAAAAACCCAAGUGCACCUCCAGUUAAGAUUAUUUUUGCCAAAUUUCUAUUUCCAAGGUCAAGGAUAAACUUUCACAUUCCAGAAAAAUAUUUAUUUUAUUAACAACUGCAAAGUAGAUGGUAAAAGAGGUGUGUGAAAAUAUUAGCUGAGAUUACUAUACAUUUACUAUACAUUUAAUGAAUUACAUUACUAUAAAUCUGGCUGAGAUAGACAAAGCCAUAGACUCACAAAUUGUGAGUGUGUGUGUGUU